AUGUCUGAAACUAUUGACCCCAACGCUCUGAGGGAAACGUUUCCCUUGAUCUUCAAAAAAUUUCCGGGAUUAGAUCUGAGCAUUAUUUUCGAAGCAUUGGAUGAGUCGGAGUUUGACGAGGAGGCAGCUAUCGAGGCUCUCGCAAAUGGAAACGAAAAUGGGAAUGCCGUUGCCGCCUCGUCAAAUGAUACACAUGUUUCGAAAACUGAAGAAGUGAAUGCUAUUCCUCCAAGUGAAAAUGGUAACGAGGAUAUGGACAUUGAUAAUUUUCAGGUAUCUGUUAGGCAGGAAUCCAUGGAUAUCGAUUGUGAAGCACCGGAGUCUCGUUCUUCCUCGCGCCUCAAACGCAAGCAUGAGACCAUCCCUAAGCCGCAGGUCAAGCCUAAGGUAUCUUCAAAACCGCAAAAGAAGAACGUGCGCUACUAUAAAUUCAGGGAGGACGAAGCUGAAGAAAACGAGUCUUUCGAACUUAUAGGUGAAGAUCCAAUAUCCAGAGACAAGCAAGAGCCGGAAGAGGAUGAUAGAAAUACGCUUCCAUGUCGUAUUCUUGAAGAUUUUAUAAUAUAUGAUUUUAAUGAGAAAAAUCGCGUCAUUAGUCUCGAGGAGGUUGAUGGGGAAGGAAGAGAACUGCAUGCUUCAGGAAUAGUAAAACCAAUAUAUGUGGGUGCGGACGAUGAGGAAAUUGAAGAUGAUGAAGAAAACGAGGGGGAGGAAAGGAAUUCAGAACAACGCCUCAGGACGAGUACCAUCUUCUAUUUUGAAAUAUAUUACACUCAGGAUGGCCAAAGUGAAAUAUGGUUGCGAACGCAGUAUGCGUUUUACAAAUUAUUAAGGGCGUCCGAUGAUUAUGUACCAUAUUUUAUGCCUAUAUUCAAAAGGAUUCGUGCCGCAAAUUUGGCGAUCGAGGCCAUGGUCAAUGAUGCUAACAUUACAUAUGAUCAAUUCAUCGAGAUGAUUCGGGAGCCAAUUUCAUCAUUUUCACCAUCAUCUUAUGCGCCCGAAUCUCUCGACGUUAAAUUCACUGAAAGAGACAUAGUAGAAAAUAUUGACUACAUUACUGAGGAAAUACAAACUUGGGUUAGUGAACAAGAGGCUUUCGGAAUUUUUGAUUGCCCGCUGCUGGCUAAAUUUAAUGAAAUCCGAAAUAAAAGUGCGAAUAGAAGGUCGAAAAAGCGUCAUGUCGCGGUAGAUACGGAUGCCAUUAAGACGAAACGCAACGUUAUGAAGAAUCCUAAUCUGUCGGUUCUGAAGCAUCAAAAUCAGACGUGCGUGACACCUUUCAUUAACGAGUUAACCGGUGGUCUCUUCUCGAGGAAAUUCAUUACCGUGAAUCAUACACAAUCAGAGAUAGCGCAAGACGAGAAAUUGAAAUCCAUGAAAUCUCCGACCGUGUUCAAACCGGUUACUCACAAGAUCGAAUGGAAUGAUGAGGAAAUCGCUCGGAAUGGAAAAAUUGUUUACUACAAAUCAGCGAUCGUUGAUGAUGAACUUAUAAAUGUCGGAGAUGUUGUUUAUGUGCGAAAUGAUGUCUCCGAUGAGCUAUGGUUUGCCAAAGUUGAGUACAUGUUCGAUGACCCAGUCGACGGUAAAAUGUAUCACUCUAGAUUCUUUAGUCACGGAAAGGAGACAGUUCUGGAGGAGAUGGCCGGACCGCGGGAAAUUUUUCUGCUAAAUAAUUGUACCGAUAAUCCCUUGGAAACAAUAGUGGGAAAAGCCAAUGUUAAGAGGCUAAAAUCCGAGGAGGAUGAGAGUUUUGCAUUCGAAGAUGACAAUUAUUAUUUCUAUAGAUUUUGGUAUGAUGAAGAGUAUGCAACAUUUGAAGACGUACUAUCUCAUGAGAAUCCGGAUGCGCAAUUCAUGUAUUGCAAUGAAAAUGAAAAAUGUCAAUCGUGCGAACGUCAGUUAUCCAAAAAAGCCGAGAAAAUACCAAAAUGGAUAUCCUCAGAUCCAAAAGACGGAUUUGUAUAUAAAGGUGUGGAAUAUCACACUCACGAUUUUGUCUACAUGGUGCCAGAAUCAAGAGAAGGUCCAUACGAUAUUGGUCAAAUUGUCGAAAUAUCGAGUAAAGGGGAAUAUAUGGCUGUAGAUGAGUACUUUAAAGAAACCAAUAAUGAUCACGUGAAACCCGCGUUGGUGGCGCUCGUUGUGCGGCUACUUGGUCGUCACGAUGAUAUCAUUAAGGCUAGGACGAAGAAGUCGAUCAACAUGUCUGCAUCUCAUCGAGACAUUAUAACUAUAUCCGGAGAAGUCAAAGAUUGCCGUCGCCUCUACUUCACCGAUGAGACGAAAUAUUUAAAGCGCGUUGACAUGCUGGAAGGGAUAUGCGUUGUCAACCAUAGAGACAAUAUUGACAACCUUGAAACAUACAAGGAUGAAAAUGACACUUUCUAUGUAGACUGUAAGGUGCAAAAAACAUCUUCAAGAUUAGCCGACGUAACCGAGAUUCCUAUGGAUGCCAAAGAGAUAUUGGUUUGUCAGACUUGUGCCGAUCGUCGUCGGCACAAACAAAGAACAAUGGAUGAAUUUAUGGAAUUCAUAAAAAACAAUAAAGAGAAACUUCGAUCAAUGGAUAUCUUUUCAGGUUGUGGCGGUCUUACGGUUGGUAUGGAUAAAACCGGCGUGGUGAAUACGCGAUGGGCGAUAGAAUUUGCUCCUAGUGCGGCAUUAACGUUUGAAAGGAAUCAUCCGGAUGCUAUCACAUAUAAUCAGUGCGCCAAUAUCCUAUUGAAACGUGCAAUUGAAGAGCAUAGUAACGGGAAAGAGCCCAGUGUCUUAAAUGACUUUUUGGGCCGUAAGGUUCCGAGCAUGCCGGCUCCUGGUGAUGUUGACUUCAUUUAUUGUGGACCACCUUGCCAAGGGUUCAGUCGUGUAAAUCGAUAUCAGAAGGCGGAUGAUAUCAAAAACACAUUGAUUGCAACAGCUCUUAGUUAUGUGGACUUCUAUAGACCGGAAUAUUUUCUAUUAGAAAAUGUACGUGGAAUGCUCAGCUUCCGUAUGGGAGGUGAACAGGACGGCAUACGAAUUAAAGGGGGUAUUAAAAUGGGCGUAAUAAAAUUCAUUUUACGUGCGUUAACUUCGAUGGGAUACCAAACUCGAUUUGGCGUACAACAAGCAGGCCACCACGGAGUUCCCCAAAGUCGUCGACGUUUAUUUAUUUGGGGCGCCAAGAGAAACUCAUAUUUGCCCGACUUUCCACAACCUUCCACUUGUUUCCCUAAACAAGGAUCUAUUAAUAUAUUGCUUCCGAACGGUAAUUCUUUUACCUAUAAUCAGCGCACUAAUGGGCACGCACCACUAUCGCCAGUGACAGUUGCCGAGGCGAUCAACGAUUUGCCGGCCUUCGAGUUUGUGGAUCCUCACGAAGUCUAUCCUGCAACCAAGGAGGAUAAAGAGGAGUCACGACCGUUUAAACAGAUAAUAGUCCCGGAGAGGGGUUGGGCCGGUGAUAAUGUAACCGAAUAUAAAUCGGGCCCUUUAUCCGAAUAUCAGAGACAACUUCGCAAAGGAACCAUCGCUCUUCACAAUCACAUAACACGUGCAUUUAAUAGAUUGACAAUUGAGCGUAUCGUCCGAAUACCAAUGUAUCCCGAACUCCCGGAAAAACUUAAACCCUGGUGUCUAAGUGAUCCGAAUUCGGCUGCUAGCCGAAAUAACGGGUGGAAGGGACUUUUUGGUCGCCUUGAUUUCGAUGGUCAUUUUCUCACGGCUCUAACAGACAUAAACCCAAUGGGAAAAACAGGA